GCAGUGGCACCCGAGACGACAUCCGGUAGAGGCGACGGGAACUUCCGGUGCUGGAGGAGAGGAAAAAUGGACCCGUUUGCUGCCCACCGCCAGCACAUGUCUGCACUUUUUGGGGGGCUCGGCUCCCCACUGGGCUUCGACCCUUUCCUCAGCCUGACCGACGGGCGCACCUCCCUCGCUCCCCACCCUGGUGCCCUGCAGCAUUCCCGCCGGGGGAUCCAGCCUGGUGCGUUAUCGCCGUUCGACAUGUUUGGGAUGGGCCGAGUCGGAUUCGGUGACAUGUUCGGGAUGAUGAACAGCAUGUUCAGCAACAUGAACUCCCUCCUCGACAACAUGGUGAGUCUCCCCUGCUGUCCCCUCCGCCCCCGGCACCCCUCUCUCUGCACUCUCGGGAACUCUGCCCCGGGGAGCCCCGGCUGGGGGUUGCCGGAACGGGAAGGAAGUGGGUGUUUGUGUUGAUCGUCCUGGAACAUACGAGCACGGAGGGAAAUACAGUCGGCCCUCCUCAUCCGCGGGACCUC